CAUGGCAUGGCGGGAGUCACCAAAGGAGAGCCGCUAAUGCGGUCCAGGGCCUACAAUGGAGCGGCCUGUUUUUCACUUUGUGGGUGGAACGCCAGUGUCUGCGGUGGAAGAGUGAAGAACUGGGCGGAUCAGGACUUACCCCCCUUUGAGCCCAUGAUCAGCUUAGGCAUUAGCGAUUAGGCUUGGCUGACCAUCUGCUUUAUCUGAAGAUUUUCAGCUGAUGAGGCACUAGGAGGUUCAAACACCAUCGCGUCUGGUCCUGGACUGGUGAUUUGGAGAGAGUGCUAACAGGGCACAGCUCUCCCUCUAGGGCAGGAUGGCCCAGGAUCUCAGCGAGAAAGAGCUGCUGCGGAUGGAGGUGGCACAGCUGAAGAAGGAAGUGAAGAACCCUCGCGACCCGAUUUCCAAGACAGGAAAGGAAAUCAAGGAUUAUGUUCAGGCCCAAGCAGGGGCCGACCCUCUUCUCCGAGGCGUCCCAGAAGACAAGAAUCCCUUCAAGGAGAGAGGCACUUGUGUAAUAAGCUGAUGGCCCAGAACAUCCGCCCCUUUCUUCCUGUCCCUCCUCAGCCAGGCCCUAGUGUGCUGGAAUACCCAGGCGACCCACGUUUACCUCCUCUUAGACAUAAA